GAGCGGAGCUCGGAGGAGAAAAGGAGCUCACAGAAUCAUGGAGGAAAGACCGACUCUCAGGAAGACUUUUCCAUCUGGCGGACUGCGUCUUUUAACGUCGUUGCUCGCCUUGUACGGACUUACGUCAGGUGUAAGCAGUAAUCAGGUGGUUGUUCCUGACAAAGUGAAUGCAGUGCUGGGGAAGAACAUUACACUUGGCUGCAAAAUCAACGUGGGCUCCAAUCUCAGUCUCACACAGAGCUCCUGGGAACGUCGUCUUCCUUCAGGCACAAUCACCUUGGCGGUUUUCAACCCAGAGUUUGGAACAUCUGUCUCCCAAGACUAUGCCAGGCGCAUUUCAUUUGUUUCACCUUCAGUGCGUGAUGCCACCAUUAUGCUUGAAGGAGUUGGCUUUGCUGAUGUUGGGUUCUACACUUGCAAAGUGGCAACGUUUCCUCUGGGCAACACACAAGCAUCAACCACCGUGAAUGUAUUAGUGGAACCUAAGGUCUAUGUGUCUGCGGGCCCCACUGCUCUGCUGGAUGGUGGGAAUGAAUCACUCGUAGCCACCUGCAUAGCAGAACGCGGCCGUCCUGCAGGCGAUGUUUUCUGGGAGACAGAGCUGUAUGGACGAAGUGAGAUGCAAACUCAGGAAGAGCCCAAUGGAACCACCACCAUACAUGUUCGCUACAUCUGGCAACCCCAGAGCUACGCCCAGGGAAAAACACUUACCUGUGUAGUGCGCCACCCAGCCUUACAAACAGAUUUUCGCAUACCCUACGUAUUGAACAUUCAUUUUGCACCAGUGGUAUCUAUUGUCGAAGAUGAUAAGAACUGGUAUGUGGGACAAAAUAAUGUGAAGUUCAGCUGUGGUGCCAAAGCCAAUCCACCUCCACAUCACUUCACGUGGAUCAGGUUAGAUGGCUUAAUGCCUGAUGGAGUUGAUAUCAAAAACAACAGCUUUGUUUUCACUCGACCAUUGGAGCGCAAUGACUCUGGAGUAUACCGUUGUGAAGUGAUGAAUGAUAUUGGUCUCCGCAGUCAAGAUGUACAUCUUUGGGUUCAAGAUCCUCCACCCACUACAGCUGCCCCCAGUACCACAGCCUCCAUCCUCCACAACACCGCUGGCACUACUGCAGGCCGGCGGAAAGCUUUAUUCACCUCCCCGACUUUGGCCUCCUUACCUGACAGCAGCCUCGGUACCAUAGUUGGUGGAGCAGUUGGCGGAGUUUUGUUCUUGCUCCUCCUGCUGAUUCUGGGUGGGGUCUGCUUCAUGCGCCAACGAAGAACCUUCAGGGGAGAUUAUUACACCAAGCAGUACCUGGGACCCUCCGACAUGCAAAAGGAGUCUCAACUGGAUGUGCUACAGCCUCAUGAGCUGCAGGAGGUCUAUGGAGACAAGACCAGCAAAGGUAGCCAGGAGCUGAAGCCCAAAUUGGGCGGAGACAUCAUAUACCCUGACUAUAACACCGAACACAAGGACAGGGACGACUGGGCCAACAGGGGUGAUGUCCACAUGGGCCUCACAGAGGGAAACUACUACCCUGAUCAUUACAAUACCCAAAACAUGCACCCCUGUGGGCCUCCGGUGCACAGUCCAGUUGUGAACAACGGUUCCCCAUACCUUCCAGAAGAUUGCUAUGACAAUGGCACAGACAGCGAUUAUGUGUCCCACAUGGAUGGAUCUGUGAUUUCACGCAGGGAAUGGUAUGUUUGAGGAAGAGACUUUACCAUAAAUGACUGAGAGUAAUUUAACAAGUGUCAGAUAUAAAUAUCACUCAAGGUUAUGUCAUUUUAGUUCAAGAUGAAAAAUAUUUUUUGGAUGUUUUACAAUGAGCUUGUUGAACAAUAUUGCUCUGCUUUUGAUUGUAACCACUUACCUUAAGGACGUGUACAUGGAUUGUUUUUAUAAUUUUAUCAUAUUUGAAGAAGCUGUAAGCCAGAAUGUCUGAAAAGUCACAUGUUCAAUCCCUUGUUAUUGAAUCUUUUCUAUCUGAGCUCUGCACCCACAUGCUGCAUCUUCAGAAAGUCUCACAACUAGUGUGAUGCCUAAUGUUUUCAUAAAGGUGAAAUAUUUACCAUCGCUGUAACCUGUAUUUAAACCAUAUGAUAUUGCAUGAUUAAUAAACACAAUAUAGUAUUAAGUGAAAGGGAAGGUUAUUCAUUCACAUGAUUAAAAGGGAGAGUAUGAGGCAUUUACAUGUGGGGACGAAAGUUAUGCUUACUGACAGAAACAUGUCACAAAAUCCCUCUGCCCCUUUUAAACCUUUAUUGAAGUCAAUGCUUGUGAAUACUUACUGCAUAUUAUGUGUAAAUCAUUAAUGAAAUGGCUAACCCACAGCAGAUGUCACUCCCUUUAGAGGUACUUUUACUUAAUCAUAGGAUGACAAUAUGUAUUUGUUUAACUAAAUGCAUGUGUUCCAGUGUGUUAAUGCAAUCUUAUUUAUGAUGUAAAACAGAAAAUCAAUAACAUGAUAGCUGCUACCAUCAAAACAAGCCAAUCAAGUCAUGGCACUAUUCAAGUGACUAUGAUAACAGGCUACACCGGUGUCAUUUUCCAUUUUUCCUGUCAGUACCCUCUGAUGUGGUAAUUAUUUAUUUCAAAUGUAGGAUGGAAGUUUGCUUUGUCAGUAUUUCCAUAUGUAACCAUCAUGGCUGCCAUGAUGUGACAUAACGUGGCUUCAUGUAGUUUUCAGUGUUCGUACUCUAAACUUCUGAGUCAUUAUUCACAACUGCAAAUAAGCAAAAUGUUUGCCAAAAAAAAAAAAAAUGCGGUUGAAAGAGCACAGAAAAGGAGCCGUCAGCGAAUACUGCACAAGACGGAAACAUUGUGAGCAGCUGACGUCACUACUGAUUAAAGGACAAGCAAAUGUUGAGGUUUGGCUCCUCAGCAACAGUGAUCAUGGAAACUGGAAAUGUAAUACCGGAAUGAAAAAAAAUUGGUUUAAGAACCAUCGAAGUCAGAGCUGACUGUGUAAUCGAUCCCCAGGGGUAUUUCUUUGAUUCCCCCCCGCAAACGAACAGUCACAUUAAGUUGAAACAAAAGAGGUGACCUCAUCAGUGAUCUCAUCUCUCAUUGCUUCCUUUGACCUUGAACUUUCCAGUUAGCAUGGACUUUUUAUUGUUGUUUUUGUUGGUGAUGAUGUUGGUUUGGGGGAGUGCCCCCCUCAGGAAUGGUGCAUGAAUAAGUGACCUCUGCCAAGCCUUACAUGAAAGGGAAAACACACCCUUUCUGGACAGAUCCCCAUAUAGUCAAUCAGGGUGUUUUUGGCCUGAGGAAGAAACCAUGGGUGUCUGUUAUGAUUAUAGCUGGAUGGUGGGGGUUGUAUAUAGUUUGAGGGCUUUCUUAUUGGGGUUUUAUAGAUUUUGGGUUUUUUCCUCCACCCUUAUUUUCUCAUACGGCCCCGCCAGAGCUUUGGGUGAAGGUUUAGAUGUCUGAGAAUAAACUACUUUAAUGUCUUUUACUCAUACUCACACAAAUGCACAUCUGCUACUCCCGCUGCUACCGACCACAUUCAAAGCACAGUCCUCACCUCAAACCUCCAGCUUUUUAAUUAACUUUUUUUUUUCUUGGUACUUUGGCAAGUGUUCUAACUCAGUCACACAUUUUCUGCAUGGGCACAUUUUUAUAUGGAUCACUGAUAGCCAUCAACUUGUUUUAUACUUGGCAAAGAAAAUCUACACAAACUGCUGUCUUUGCUUCUGCUCUAAAAGCCAGGAAGGGGGGGGUGCAUCUACUCAUCAGUCUGUUUAUUCUCAGACAACUCUGACGAGCAAAAUGAGCUGAAGUGAAUGUUUUAGUUUUGUAAAGUUAUUUAGUCUUUUGUUAACAGCUGUUUAAUACAAAUUAAGUUAUUCCUUAGCUUCAUUAUUUCUCCUUGCUUCACGUCUAACAUGUACAUAAUGCUAACAGCCGAGGUUAUGAUGAGCCGUUCUGUCAGAAGUCCUUUGUUUUGUAUGUUCAUGUACAGUAUGUUCUGAAUAGCUGGUGCCUUACAUUGGCUUUGAAAUGCACAGGCUGUGGAAAGGAAGAUAUAACUGGGCUGUUAAUGUCUUCCAUCUUGAUAUUUAAAUAUUUUGUCAAAAACAUUCAGAUGGACAAAGGGUGGUUGUCAUGCCUUAAAGGACAAGUAACAUGUUUGUUACAGAGUACUAGAAAAUUAUAAACUGUAAAGUUUCACUGGGAAUUUAGACAAGCCAGACUGAUAGAAAAUAUUAUUGUCCUGUAAAUAUGCUGGCUGCUUUUUUAUUUUUAUUGGGAAAAAAAAUAGUUUUUUGUAUGAGGGCUGUCAUUUUCAGAGUAUUAGUUUAUCUUACAAACAUCCAGGAGCUCGAUGUCAUGACACAUAGAAAAUGUUCUUGUUUUCACUGCAUUUUAUAUUUGUUCUCAAGAGUUUUUGACCAGUUAUUUUCUACUUUCUCUGAAUGAUUGCUGUUUGAAAUGAAUCAAAAAAUGAAAGUGUGGUAGAUUGUAUUUUGUUCCUUUGUUUGCAAUAAAACACCACUAUUAUUGCAA